GACUUUCAAUAAUUGCAUCACUCUAAAUAAAAACAUCAUUUUGAAGCCUUCACUCGUUUAGAUCCGAUUCCCUCAACCUAUCGCGUCCGCCUCCAUAUUCUUACGUACUCGAAAUACAUGUCUUCGGAUUGAAUGGGGUUCUGAGUAUUCGCGCCGAAGUUUCCCUAACCGCGAUAUAAUAACGAAAAGAUGUCGGUGCUGCUUGAAACGAGCGCGGGCGAUAUCGUGAUCGACCUGUUGGUUGAUUACGCGCCUAAGGAAUGUGAGAACUUCCUUAAGCUCUGUAAAGUCAAGUACUACAACUUUUCGCCUAUACAUUCUAUCCAACAAAACUUUUCCUUUCAAACCGGCGAUCCUCUUGGUCCGACCUCAGCCUCUUCCGAUGGCGGUUUUUCGAUAUGGGGAUUGAUCUCCGGACCUUCCAAGAAAACCUUCUCUGCUACGCUUCAUCCCAAACUUCGACAUGUGGAAAGAGGCACCGUAUCUAUGGCCACUGCGCCGCACCCCUCCGAUCCCGAUGCUCGUGUCGCCGGCAGCCAGUUUAUCGUAACGUUAGGUGAUAAUACAGAUUACCUAGAUGGAAAGGCGGCUAUUUUUGGGAAGGUAGUGGAAGGAUUCGAUAUACUCGAGAAAAUCAACAAUGCGAUUACAGACAAAGAUGGACACCCGCUCGUCGAUAUUCGAAUAAAACAUACUAUUAUCCUCGAUGACCCUUACCCCGAUCCGACAGGGCUUCGAGAGCCUAGCCAAUCGCCUCAACCAUCCAAGGCGCAGCUUGCUACGGUUCGAAUCGACGACGAAGCUACAUUGACAGAAGAAGUAGACGAGGAGGCGGCGGAGAAGGGGCGACGCGAGAGAGAAGCCCGUGCCCAGGCUCUGACUCUUGAAAUGAUGGGCGACCUUCCAUUCGCCGAAGUUAAACCUCCCGAGAACGUGCUUUUCGUAUGCAAGCUUAACCCCGUAACGACCGACUCCGACCUCGAACUCAUUUUUAGCCGCUUCGGCAAGAUUCUAUCGUGUGAAGUGAUACGAGAUAAGAAAACCGGCGAUAGUUUACAGUACGCUUUUAUCGAGUUCGAAGACAAAAGCGCUUGCGAGGGGGCAUAUUUCAAAAUGCAAGGGGUUCUUAUCGACGACCGAAGAAUACACGUUGACUUCAGUCAGAGUGUGAGUAAGUUGGCUGAAGUCUGGAGGGGUGGAGAGAAUGCGAAGCGGAAGCGUAAACACGGUGGAGGCGGAUGGGGUGGUGUUAAAGGACUAGAGAAGUGGAGGAAGUACAGAGAGGAGGAGGAUCGAGAUGAUGACGACGAUCGCUAUGGUAUGGUGUACGGAGAGGAGGAAAUGCGCGGUCGACACGAACGACAGAGGGAUGGCAAAGAUCGAGACGACAGAUAUAACAGAGAUCCGGAUCGUUUCGAUGAUAAUGAUAGAGAGAGGGAUAGGGAUCACGACGGUGGUGAUCGAGGUCGGCAUCAAGGCGGCGGCUACCCUCGUAAUCGGGACGGACCACGGCGACGAAGUAGAAGCCCUGCAAGGGACAAGCCUCGAGAUAGAGAUCGAUAUGACGAUCGCCGAAGAGAUGGCCGUGAUAAACCUAGGUACGACGACCGAUAUCGAAGAGACCAGGAUAGGAACUACAAUAAGGAUCGCCCUCGUGGUAACGAUCGACGGAGAUAGUCCUGCCUGACAUUAUGGAAUAUGACACUCAUGACAAAUAUAAACGAAACUAAUCACGAAAUUUAAGCCUUUCGGCUUCAGCGAUGCGUCUCAAUUAAUCUAUAUUUGCAGUGAUUCAGGUAUUUAAAUGGAGACGACGCGAGCCUAAUUAUGAAAAGCUAACGACGUCUGACAUGUAGCUAAAUGCAACCGUACUUGUUAGAUAUUCCCGGUGUUCAUCCCGAACAAU